CACCCCUCUUUCUCUUUCAGUCUCUCACUCUGCAGCAGGUCAGGAUGGAGGUGACAGCUCUCUCUCUACUUCUCUAUUUAGUGAUGAAUUCCUCGGAGUCUGGUCAAGCACGAGUCUCUCUGACAGUCAGCCCUGAAAGGUCGCAGUUCUUUAAAUAUGAAGAUUUCACCGUGAGCUGCAAGAAGGAGAAGGAGCAGAGGGAGGAGGAGGUGGAGGACGGGGAAACUGAAUGGAGAGUGAUGAGGAUGGCGCUCGACGGAGAGGUGCGUCCAUGUCUGUUCUCCUGCUCCAUCACUCAUGCCUUCCCGAUCUCAGACAGCGGAGUGUACUGGUGUGAGACUGGACAGGGAACAACCAGCGUCACCGUCAACAUCACUGUCACUGCUGGUUCUGUGAUCCUGAUGAGUCCAGCUCUUCCUGUGACGGAGGGAGACGACGUCACUCUGUGCUGCAGAACCACGGAUGCAAUGUCUGCCGACAGCCUCACAGCUGAUUUCUAUAGAGAUGGACUCCUCGUCGCCACCAGCUCCACAGGAAACAUGACCAUCUACAGUGUUUCCGUAUCUGAUGACGGACUCUACAGGUGCAACAUCCCUGGAGUUGGAGAGUCACCAGACAGCCAGAUGACCGUCAGAGCGCCUCCUGCAGGCCGGCAUCCUCCAGCUCCACUUCCUGUCUGGACCCUCCUGCGUCACCUGAUAGUGGGAACUCCUUACCUGCUGUCCACCGUCUUCCUGGGACUCAUUUACAGACACAGGAAGAGAGGUGAGAACAGACAUCCCACACAUCAGAUCAGUGACAGGUCACUGACUGAGGCAGGGCGACCAUCUGAUGAUGUCAUCAUGCAAAUAGUCAUGUAAGGACCAGUGACAUCAUCAUCAACAUGGCAACAUGGACAUCGUCAGUAAACAUGUCCCGGAUUUUUACCUUUGCCAAGAAGGUUGUGUUUUUCACCUGUGUUUGUUUGUUUGUUUGUUUGUUUGUUUGUUUGUUUGUUUGUUUGUUUGUUUGUUUGUUUGUCAGCUGCUUAUGCAAAAAAGUACUAAACCGAUUUGCACUGAACUUGGUGGAGGGGUGGGUCGUGGUCCAGGGAAGAACACAUUCAUUUUUGGGGCAGAUUCAGAUCAUUUAAUAUAAAUUAGAUUUUAUUUUUGGAGUCUGGUGAAUGUUUUUUGACAUUGGCCUUUAUUUUAUAAAUUUUUUUUACUGUAUUUUCUCAUUAUAUUACACAUAGUAUUUAAUAAAUGUUAUUAAUCAAGUAACAGCAGAAUUAAAUUGAGUUAGUAGUUGAAUUCAAUUUUGUGGAGGUGGAAAAUAAAGAGCUGAUGUUGAACUGAA